UGGAGAAUCAGUCUGGCGAUGCCCUCAGACUUGUGAAAGACUGACUGAUGAACUACCUGGAUGGGCAGGGAUCUGGCUGCGCCCUUCCCACCCCACUCCCUUCACCCCUACACCUGCCCCCAUCCAUAUCUUCUGGCACUUGACAGAAGAAGGGGAGGAAGAAAACAGCAUAGGAAAGGGCUGAUUGAAGCAGUGAUCAGCGUUCACAACGGCAGAGCCCCAGGUGUCCAUGGACUCAGCCCCGGAGGACAGAAGCCAGAGAACAGAAGCAGGGGAGCUUUCCUUUUACCGGAAGGAGAACAAGAGUCCCGCUGAUUGCCGGACUGGCCGGAUUAUUUUUCGACUAAAGCUGCCGUGAUUUCACCGCUGAAUGUGGACACUGGAGGAGCUUCAAAAGUUACUCACGUCUGGGAGGUUAGGACUGAGGCUGAAUGCAAGACUGGUGAAAGACUACACACACACACACACACACACACAGAGAACACUGAGGCCUGACUUGCCAGUUAACCGAAUGUGCGAAUUUAUGUGUGUAUGACUGAGCUACUACUUUUGCAACAGAACAAUGUCUGAACAAUCCCAGUAUUGAGCGAGAAGAGUUUAGUUUUAUAGCUGGAGUAAAUCAGUAUGUGGGAGUGCUGCUAUGUCGAUGUUAGGAUUGUGAUUUAUACAUUAAAUAUUAAACUAAAUGUCUCACUGCUGGACUUCAAAGAAAAUGACUCAAAAUCAAUUCAAAGGAAGUGACUCAAAGGACUAAUUUCAUCACAAGAGGCAAACUGUAACGCCCAGUAUAUCUUGGGUGAGGCUCAGUUAAAAUUGCUUGUAAACGCAGGACUGCUUAAACUUGAAAGACUGCACUGCCUGGAUCUUAGGUAAGAGUUUAGACUUUAGACAGGGAAGUGAUUAUAGGGCUUAGAAAAAACUGCCUGUGAAAAUUUACAACCAGAAUGACUUUGGAUAACAUUGUAUGGAUUAUCUCGAUGCGGGAGCUGAUCAAGGACAGAGUCUGAGGUUGGCAGACAGGUGUGGGCAGGUUUAACCUGGCCGUGAUGGAUAACAUUACAGACCCCUUAGUUAAUCUCUCCAGGCCAGAGGUGGGAAUAGUGGAACGGGUGGUUGUGCCCAUUCUGGACACCCUCAUCCUGGUCACUGGUAUUCUGGGACACUCACUGGUCAUCCUCAUCCUAUCCCGGAAGCAGAGGGGGCGAGGAAAUGGCGGGGCGUCCAACCGGACUGGACAAGCGGGAUCGGCGAGUGGUCACUCCACUGAUACUCUCCUGCUGUCGCUCAGCGCUGCCGACCUGCUCCUGCUCGCCUGCCUGCCCUUCCACACUGUCGCGAUAGCAACAGGACACUGGCCGUUCGGCGGCCCUGCGUGCAAGCUGAUGGGCUUCCUCGGGGCGGCGUGCACCUCGGCCAGCGCCUUCACGCUAGCCGCGCUGGCCACCGCACGCUACCUCAUCGUGGUGCACCCGACGAAGGCGUAUCGCUGGUGCAGGGAUGCCCGCCAUGUUAAGCUGGCCACGGCUGGCCUCUGGGUGCCCGCGGCGGCCCUGGCCGCGCCACAGUUCACCUGGCGCACACUGGACUGCAGCACCAACGUGGUGCGGGAACACUUGCAGGACCUUGUCUGCUUCAACUUCCUGUCGCCCGAGGGCCAGGUGGCAUACGGCGUGUGCCACUUCCUGCUGGCGUUUGCGCUGCCCCUAGGGGUCAUUGCCAUGGCGUACGGCCGCAUCUAUGUCUUCCUGCGCCAGACAAGGCUGCAGCAGACGGCGGUGGAUCGGCUGGAGCGCUAUCAGAACCAGGUGACCCAGACGUCGGCGCUGCUGGUACUCGCCUUCACCCUCUGCUGGCUGCCGUCCUACGGCUUCAUGUUCGCCCAGCUGGCGGCCAAUGCGCCGAUGACCGGCACCGCCCCGCGCCACGGGGGAUUCGCCACGUUCGCCCGCGUCAUGGCCACCUCUGCCACCGUGGCCAAUCCCAUCCUCUACAGCUUCAUGUCCCAGAAGUUCAGGAAGGAACUCACAGAGCUGGGCCGGAGGAGCUGUAAGGACCGAUUUGUGUGACGGACCAGGCUGAAACCUGGUUCAAAGAAAGGACCUUUGGACACAUGCUUACAGUAUUAGCCUACUAAAAGAGUAGCCUAACAAAACAAAUCACUUGUUAUCUGCUAGUCUUCCACAAUUCAAGCGCCUCUGCAGCAUGACGAACACGGAACAUUGUAGCAGUAAACAGUCACUUCAUCAUAUCAGUUUACUCUCAUUGGAAUGAUGCUGUGUUCAAGUUCACCAUGGUGUAGGCAGUCAUCAGAUGUGCACAACUUUGGGUAGUAUGUGUGUGUGUGUGUGUGUGUGUGUGUGUGUGUCUGUUUGUGUGUGUUUGUAUGUGUGUGUGUGUACGGUUGAUUUACAGUAGCAAGGUGGGAAAUGACCUGACUGUUGAGUUACAGUUAGUCAUGUUGUGUAAGGUGUGGCUGUGGCCAACAACAGCCUGAAAAUAAAGAUAAUAUUCCACUG